CCUCCUGAAACCGGAAAAAGGUACCAUCGAGCCGGGGGACUGCAGAGCCGAGCGCGCGGUACCAUAGAGAUCGGAAAGGGGCGCGAGCGGCAGAGCCGGAAGGAAAGCCGAGAGCGAAGGCGGUCAGGCAAAAUGGCGGCGACCAAGAGGAAGCGGCGUGGAGGGUUCGGGGUUCAGGCGAAAAAACCAAAAAGGAACGAAAAAGAUGCCAAGCAGCCAGCUAAGCUGCGCGACAUCGUAGAAGAGGCGGAGGAAGAAGAGAGAGACCGUAUCCCAGGGCCCGUUUCCAAGGGCAAGUGGAAAAAUAAGGAACGGAUUCUCAUCUUUUCUUCUAGAGGAAUAAAUUUCAGAACAAGACAUUUAAUGCAAGACUUGAGAAUGUUGAUGCCUCAUUCUAAAGCAGAUACAAAAAUGGAUCGUAAAGACAAGUUAUUUGUCAUUAAUGAGGUUUGUGAAAUGAAAAACUGCAAUAAAUGUAUCUAUUUUGAAGCUAAGAAAAAACAGGAUCUCUAUAUGUGGCUUUCAAAUUCACCUCAUGGGCCAUCUGCUAAAUUCCUCGUUCAAAACAUCCAUACCCUAGCUGAACUAAAGAUGACUGGAAACUGUUUGAAAGGUUCUCGGCCCCUUUUGUCUUUUGACCCUGCUUUUGAUGAAUUACCACAUUAUGCUUUGUUAAAAGAACUCUUAAUUCAGAUCUUUAGUACACCACGAUAUCAUCCCAAAAGCCAACCAUUUGUCGACCAUGUAUUUACUUUCACCAUUUUGGAUAAUAGGAUAUGGUUUCGGAACUUUCAGAUCAUAGAAGAAGAUGCUGCUCUUGUAGAAAUAGGACCUCGCUUUGUCUUAAAUCUCAUAAAGAUUUUCCAGGGAAGUUUUGGAGGACCAACUUUGUAUGAAAAUCCUCACUACCAGUCACCAAACAUGCAUCGGCGUAUCGUAAGAUCCAUCACAGCUGCAAAAUACAGAGAGAAACAACAAGUGAAGGAUGCACAGAAAAUGAAAAAGAAGGAACCAAAGACUGUUCUUCCACAUGAUCCCACUGCAGAUGUUUUUGUUAUACCAGCUGAGGAAAAGCCGAUAGAAAUACAGUGGGUAAAACCAGAGCCGAAGGUCGAUUUGAAAGCAAGAAAGAAAAGGAUUUACAAAAGGCAAAGAAAAAUGAAACAGAAGAUGAACAGUGGGAAUGCAAAAUGAAUCAGUGGAUAACUAAUUUUUCAGUAAUUUUGUAUUUAUUUUGUAUUCGGUGUGUAAAUACUUUUUAUUAUCCAGGACUACUUUAUAUCUCAUUAGUGUGGCAUUUAAGACAAAGAAAAAUCAAAUUAAAAUAUGUGGCUUCAGUGGUGUGUAUGUCUUUCUAAAUAUCACCAGAACUCAUCAGUUAAUUUCUGUUUUUCUUUUCAAAGUUUGUUUGGUAUUAUUAAAAAUAUAGCACACUUCAGGUUUAAGCCUGCUCUCUUGGAUUAAAAUUUUGGGUUUAGCAACGCUGAAAUUCAAACAGAUUUACUGGGUCAUUCAUUAUUAGUUGUAAAACAAUGAAUUAGGCACUUUGAGAGCAUAGUUUCAGAUGGUAAAGUGCAUAUAGACUGGUAGAAAAAAAAAAAGUCUUACUGAGGUUGGAGUCUCCGAGUCACCAAUGAAUGAGACCUUGGAAAAGCCAGUCCCUGAUCUUGUUUUCUCACCUCAAGAAAGAGAACAAUGAAAAUAAUUAGGUUUUGAGAAUCAAAUGAGUUAAUACAUGUGUUGAAAGUAUUUUGCAGUCUAUAAAUUUAAUUUAGAAGCAGUGGGUAUAAAUUAUUUAAUAGUAAAAGAAAUGAAAAUGGAACAGUGGGUAGAGGGCCCCAGAACAUUUGAGUGUCUCCUCUGAUAAAAACACUGUUUGAGGUGGAGAGCCACAGGGCUUACCCUCGUGGAGGUCAGUUAGUAGGAGGGAAGGACAAGAUUCCGGGUGCUAGUGGCCAUGGACAGGUAGCUGGCUGCUGAAGAGACAGACAUACAUAUGCACAUAGACACGUAACAUAGGAUUGGAUCAUGCAUGUGGUGUUUUGUGACCCACUUAUUUUUAUUUCAUAUUAAUCACUUCCCCAUGUCUUUAUUAUACAACAUGGCUAAUAAGCGCAUGGUAUUGUCCACUCCAUGCCAUAGCUGUACAAUCCGUCCCUUAUUGUGGGAAAUUAUAGUAUUUCAGUUAUGGGUGCUUAUGGCAAACAUUUCUUGACAUAAAUUGUUUUGUACCACCCUUGUUUCCUGUAAGUGGAACUCAAAAGAUGUGAACACUAAGAAAUUUUGAUCGUUCCCCUAAAUGUACUUCACCAGAGGUCAGUGUUCAUUUAUUUACUUGUACCUUUGGCACCAGUGAAAUAAUUUUUGUCAGUUUGGUAGGUUAAAAAAAGAAUACCCUUUUUGGGUAGGUAUUGGUUUUUCUUUUGUGACUAAUCUUGAUUUUGUGUGGUAGUUAUCAUUUACUAAUUUGUAAGAGCUCUUUCUAUGGCAGGGUUAUUCCAGACAUCUUUCCUAGUUCCUCACUUGUAUUUUAAUUGUGUUAUUUAAAUUUGUAGAAAGAACAAUUUUCUAUUAUAUUUCAUUUUUUCUUAAUUUUCUUCAAACAAAGGCCUUGAAUGUACAAUUAGGCCACUUUAUUUUGAAAUAGUCUAAAUUAGGCUACUUAUCUUGAAAUCUACAUUAAGCAGAUAAUUCAGUUUAGAGGUUCACUUUAAAUACUUGCGUGUGGCUAAUGAAGGCCGGUUCUGGUUAAGUGCGGGGGGAGAAAAAGCUUAUUUAUUUAAGCAACUGAAUAUAGCCUGGGAUGAAAAAAAGCUGUAUUCAGGAUUUGUAUUUAAACACCCACAUCCCAAGAAGUUAAUUAUAGGUUAUAAAAUAAACUGGCUCAACAAGUUGUUUGAAGACCCAAACUUUUAACAUUUUCUGAGGUGUGUGUUCUGGAGUUUUAGUGGAAUUUCUUCAACAGUUUCGAUGAUCAGUUUCUACAUAUUUUCCUGUCUCGAAUUACUUCCCUUUCAUGAUCAUUUAUGUGGGUACCUCAUUUGAAUGAGAAUUUCUCUUCUUUCAAGUUCAUGUUCAUUUAGAAGUCAACUUGUUAAAUAAAGAUAAUCCUUUAAACUGAAA